CCUAACUGUCUGUGUCUCACAAAGAUCGGUUUCUCCUUUUUUUUUUUUUUUUUUCUGAUGAGAUUCCAAAAGAGGAUGUCUGCGGAAGAGGGUGGGUUCUAGUGUCUCAAGAAGGGGGUGGGCUUUGCUGUAUAAAUCCAUUGCUGUUGACAGCUCAGUUCUGAAGGACUCUAGACUCCCGGAGGGGUGGGUGGGCAUAGCGACUAGGACUCCCAGCAGGGGACGUCAGGAAGGAGCUGCAGUUGAAUCUGAAGGCAGGAAACUGGAUUUAGUUCUGGAAAGAAAUAAACUCAGGACACAAAAGGAACAGGUAACUCUGAUUCCCUCUGUUUUAUUUUGAAGCGUAUUCUAUGUGGCCAGACUUACAAAGUUUGUGGUCUGUCCUAGUUUUGAUCUGUGGGCACUGUUUUCCAUUCCAAAUUUUCUAGGACAGACCCAAUUUGAAAGAUGCUGUUCUGUUUUCCGAUUGUGCCUGGUAGAAUUUGGAAAAACCUUAGUGCUUACAACAAUAAGCAAAGUCCAGGGCUAGGGAGGGUCCCACACAAUGAAAUGCUUUAAAAAACAUUUUUUAAAAUCUUUAUUUAUUUUUGAGAGAGAGACAGAGUGCGAGUAGGGGAGGAGCAGAGAGAGGGAGACACAGAAUCCCAAGCAGCCUCCAGGCUCCGAGCUGUCAGCCCAGAAACCAGUCGGGCUCCACGCGGGGCUCGGUCAGGCUCCACGUGGGGCUCGACGUGGGGCUCGAACCCACGAACCGUGAGAUCAUGACCUGAGCCGAUGUCGGAUGCUGAACCAACUGAGCCACCCAGGCACCCCACAAUGAAAUGCUUUUAAAGAUUGGGGAGUGGGGAGGGGAAGUACGAUGUGUUUUUUUUACUUGAAAUAUAAUUUACAUACAACAUAAAAUAUGGAUUUUUAAGUUCGAAUGUUUAUAAUUACACCCAUGUAUCUGUAUCUCAUCAAGACAUAGGAUAUUCCAUCACUCCAGAAAGUUCCCUUGUGUUCUUGUGCUCUAUUGCAAUAAGUCCCUCCACUGUCUCCCCGUCCCCCCCCCAACCCCCAGGCAACCACUGAUCCAGUAUCUAUCACUGUAAGUUACUUUUUGCUGGCUUUAGGACUUUACAUACCUUAAUGGAAUCACAGUUUUGUGCCUGGAUUCUUUGGCAGAGCAUAACUUUUUAAAUAUUCACCAAGGUUUUGCAAUAGCUCAUUUCUUACGUUGCUGAUUAAAUCAGCAUUCGUUGCCUAAAUACACAAUAUUGUUUAUUCCACCCCCAUUCACCGUUUAGGAGACAUUUCGGUUGCUUCCUGUGUUUUCACUAUUGUGACUAUAUGGAAUUAUUGUAUAGAUUUCCAAAUGGUUUUCCAAAGAGUUGUUGGUGGCAUUUUACUUUCCCACAAGCGAUGUGUACGAAUUCUGCUGCUCUAAAUCUUUGCCAGCAUUUGGUUUGCUAGUCUUUUUGUGCUUAGGCAUUCUAGUGGUCGUAAAGUCUUCUCUGUAGUUUUCCUUUCCAUUUUCCUCAUGGUAUCUCUUGAUAAGGAGAUACGGUUUUUUGAUGAAAUCCAGUUUAUCAAUUCAUGUCUUCUAAGCUGAGUCCUUUAUGUCAUUUCAGUGAUACAUUUCCCAACAUCUAUGUCAUAAAGACGUUUUCUUCUAGACAGUACUCUGUGGUUUCUAGAGCUGAUUAUGUCAAAUUAGUUUUUGUGUAUGGGGUGAAGUAGAGGUCAGGGAAGUGCGUUUUAAAUCAGAUGAAGCCUAAAAUACAGUAGGGCAAAACUGACCUCCGAUCCUGAUUUUCAACAGAGGAACAGUAAUUAAGCAAUUCCCUGGAAUCAUUUCCCCAUACUCUUCCAGCAUCAACUUGCCUGGAUUCAAGCAGGCUGUGGCUCCUUGACUUAUUUGGACGUUUCGCUCAAAGUUAUAUUCUCUUCUUUAGUAAGUAAGUGGUAAGUAGAUUGAAAGGCGUAACUUCAGGAUGUUGUUCUACUCUGUUGUCCGUGAAAAGGAUACAUUUCAGUUUUCAGUAAUCAGACUUUGGCUUUGCUUCUGACUGGUGAGGGGCUUGGGCCAGCAGUGUUGAAAACCUGAAAGAUGGGUUUUUGGAAAGUGUAACAAAUACCUCCCAAACUCUGUUUUUAAAAAGGCUUUGGACCCUGGGGAGUGAAACUGUUUGCAAAUGUCAUCUCUCUGGACCAGCUGCCCAAGUCUUUUGGCAUUUAGAGGUUGUAAGAUUCAUGGUUAUUUUAAAUGACCAGUCUGGUGCUCUGUUGUUUGAAAUUGGUGUUUUGACUGCAGCAAACAUUCUGGAGAAUAAUGUGAAAAUGAGGCCAGCCCAUUUUCAGAUGCUAGUUGACUUGUCAGGUAUCCUCUCUGAGAUGACUAGAAUGUUUAAUAGGGAGUACUGGGCAGGAAUUCGGUGGAGACUGGGGAUUCUGGAUAGUUUUCUCCUCAGUUGUUGGCACCUCGGUUAAUUCUGGCAAUAUCUUCAAAACAAGCACGAAGGAGGAUUUGAUAAAAUGAUGCCUUUCCGCUGACCAAGUCCCUGACACUCCAGGCUGUCUGUUAUAAGAAACCUUUGGAAAACGGGGUUUGGAAAAGAUCUUUACUCGGACUAGGUCAUCUUGUCCCCUGCAUCAGGGAGCUCACAGCUCUGAAAGCUUUGGCUGUGGGAGGAGAAUUCCAUCUUCACGAAGUGGGUGGUGGAAUCUGAUCACCUGGAGUCCCCCUAGCUAAGAAGUCUACCCAGUCCACUCCCCAAGGAGCCAGGAAGCCCACCAGCAUGGGCCGGUGUCUGUGGUUCUUGCUUUUGAAUAGUUGCCUGUUCUACGCAAAUGGAAAUAUACACUCAGAAAUAUUUGCGGCCACAAAGUUUUUACAGCUAUACUUACAGGUGCACACGCAUAGCCUAUCGUUUAGGAAACAGGACACUGGCAGGGCUUGCAGUUUGGAUAAAGUCCACAUUGGCCUGGACCCACUGGGGUCCCCCAUGGCAUAGAUAAACAAUACGUGACAACUUUUGUGUGCACAAAUAUGGAAAUGGUUUCGUUCACACAGUGAGUCGAUACGUUAACUAACUGAAGGAAAUACAGCAAAGUGGAUGGCUGUAGACUUCAGCAAGCAGAAAAUGUGAGUGCUACGUCUACCUUGCGACCCGAUCCAAAUGGGAUCCUGGCAACCGUAAAAUCAAGUUUCCUUUUCGCCCUACCAUAGAAUGAUAAUGACGAGUAUCACUCUUUUGCAGCCAAUAUAAGAAAGUUGGGAAUUUCAGGGACAAUAUUAUAAAUCAAAGAACACUUGAGAUUAUUGGUAAAGCUAUGCACAUUCGUGUGGAAAAGCCAGUUGGAAAGAUUUAAGGCUGUGGUCAAAGAACAGUAGGAGUGGGGAAAGGUCAAUAAUGUGGUAACGAUUGGAAUGAAAGAGAAGACAAAAACAUGAACUCUGAUAUCAAGAGACUGGAAACACGUAAGAAGAUGCAUAAAAAGACAUUGUUCCGAGGCAGAUGAAAACAAAACUAGUGAGAAGUCGCCCCAGCCCAACCUGAUCAUAGCUGAAACACAAGUAAACCUUGAAGUUUUUAGGAGAUGGAGAAAAGUCUCCGAGCACCUUAAAACAAAGUUGGUUUAGAUACACUAACAAAGGGAUUCUCAUUCUGAAGGCUACAGCAUCCCACAAUACCCUGAAGAAAGGGAGGUGGCCGGAAAACCACGAGAUCUUCCAGAACCGGACCCCACGUAGCACUUGAGAGAAGAGACUGCAGACCUGGCUGAAGGGUCCCUGGUGGACGUUAAUGAAAAAUAAUCACUGUUUUCUUGCCGCCAAAAAGAGAAAGGAACGUGUCACUUCCAAAAUAAGUUAGCAAUGGGUUGUUUCAAAGCUUCACCGAGCCAUUCCUGGAUUUAUCCCACCGUGAUCCUGUGUUUAUUUGGAUUUUUCUCCAUGAUGAGACCCUCAGAACCCUUCUUAGUCCCGUAUUUAUCUGGACCAGAUAAAAACCUGACCAGCUCAGAGAUCACAAAUGAGAUCCUUCCCAUCUGGACAUACUCUUACCUGGCACUGCUGCUUCCAGUGUUCAUCGUCACCGACUACGUCCGCUACAAGCCAGUCAUUAUCCUGCAGGGGAUCAGCUUCGUCAUCACCUGGCUGCUGCUUUUGUUUGGCCAGGGAGUGAGGGCCAUGCAGGUUGUAGAGUUCUUCUAUGGGAUGGUCACCGCCACCGAGGUGGCCUACUAUGCCUACAUUUACAGCGUGGUCAGCCCGGAGCACUACCAGAAAGUGAGCGGCUACUGCAGGAGCAUCACCCUGGUGGCCUACACGGUGGCCUCGGUGCUGGCCCAGCUCCUGGUAUCCCUGGCCAGCCUAUCAUACUUUCACCUCAACGUCAUAUCCUUGGCCUCUGUCUGUGUGGCCCUUCUUUCCUCCCUGUUCCUACCAAUGCCUGAGAAGAGCAUGUUUUUUCAUGUACAGCCCAGCAAAGAAGUACAAAAGCCACCAAACAACACCGCAGUGUUAGAUGAAACUUACAAGGUUCCCACACCAGGCGGCGAAGAGAAACCCACUUCAGAAAUACCCACCAUUUCACGGACCCUGGAGGGUCGGCGGGUGAGCAGUCCGGUGCCAAGAAAUGUCGCCUUGAGUGUUUUUGUGCAGUGGUUCCAAGAUUUGAAGGGAUGCUACUCCUCACAUCAUCUUUUUUACUGGUCUCUGUGGUGGGCCUUUUCCACAGCAGGUUUUAACCAAAUUCUGAACUAUGUUCAAAUCCUGUGGGAUUACAAGGCACCAUCCCAAAAUUCUUUCAUCUAUAAUGGGGCAGUAGAAGCUGUUGCAACCUUUGGAGGGGCCGUGGCCGCCUUUGCUGUGGGCUUUGUGAAAGUCAACUGGGAUCUCCUGGGAGAGUUGGCUCUAGCGAUCUUCUCCAUCAUUAGUGCAGGCUCUCUGUUUCUCAUGCAUUACACAACCAACAUCUGGGUAUGCUAUGCUGGCUAUUUAAUCUUCAAAUCCAGCUAUAUGCUUCUUAUAACCAUAGCAGCAUUUCAGAUUGCAGUUAAUCUGAGUGUGGAGCGCUAUGCCCUGGUGUUUGGAAUGAACACCUUCGUGGCCCUGGUGAUCCAGACCAUUAUGACAGUGAUCGUAGUAGAUCAGAAAGGACUCAACCUGCCUAUCAGCAUUCAGUUUUUAGUUUAUGGGAGUUAUUUUGCAGUUAUUGCUGGCAUUUUUCUAAUGAGAAGCAUAUACAUCAUUUGUUCAACCAAGUUCCAAGAGCAGCCACAGAGCUCUGCUACAUGUCAGAAUCCAGCUGAGCCCCACCCAGACGGACCCAGGAAUGUCAACAUGGAAACAAAGCUCUAACCUUACGGCAACCACUGCAUCCACUGAGAAAGGACCCGCCUGGUCACAAAGCCACUGAGUGACACAAAAUGACACACUUCCUAAGUCUGGAUUUCAAGGAACCUUUUCAAAACCCCAACAAAAUAUCGGUUUUAGACCAGCUGUCUAUGUGCCCAGCUGGAUGCAUUCAGCAGGUCCCAUCACCUCAGUCAAACAGUCCGUGCUGGGGACCCCAGGGAGUAGCAAGGACUGGGAAAUUCUGGUUUUGAUUACUCGUUAGGACAUGCAAAUGGCAUGGAAACAAACCACGAGAAACUCCAGCCAUUCUGGAGUUGAUGUUCCCGACUCCAGAGCAGAAAUACUAACUAGAUUCACCCUGUU